AUGGCUAGCUACAAGCAAGAUCAUCUUUUCGACUUGAUGACGAACCGCCCCCACUUAAGGGCGCAUGGCGACAAUACUAAUAAGAUGCUGAAUAUGUGUCGUAACGGACAAACGUCUGACCCCAGGGACAAGGUUUACGGCUUGCUCGGACUCUUGGACGAGGCCAUCUCGAGCCGCGUCUAUCCCGAUUAUUGCUUGUCUGAAAAACAAGUCUAUACCAAUUUUACGAGAGCUUUGAUAGAAGGAAAAGAGCGACUGGACGAUCUUUUCCUCUGGACAGGAAACGACCUACCUGAAGCAUGGCCGUCCUGGAAGAAACACUCCGGUGCCGCGGCAGGUGAUCCCGGAAUUUUCAAGGUUCUCGGAGUCACUUUAAGCAUGCGGGCCAGGACAGAGCCAAAAGGGAGCGCGUUACUUAUACCUUGGGUUCGCACCCCGCUGCAAGAGGACAGAGAGUAUGAAUCACAAUGGACAGAUAAGUUUCGAGAACCCUCAAUCAGGCAAUUCUUGGACUGGCGGAUUGCACAUGAGGAUCUCAACAUACACGGUCGGCCGUUUAUGGACUACUUCCCAUGUUUAGACGAGUCCCAUCCUCCUCCUCAGGAAUCCCCUGACCCAUUGGAGCGGGCGGGGGAAUCUAUAACUGGCAGACGACUCAUCAUGACCAAAAAUGGGUAUCUGGGCGUAGCGCCUGCAUGCACCAAGCCAGGCGACUUUCUUGCAAUCAUGAUAGGCUGCAGCUUUCCAGUCAUCCUCAGGCCACACGGAAGCUCUUUCGGGCAGUUGGAGAGAGCUUUGUCUAUGGCCUUAUGGGGGACGAAGAGAUCGCGAGUGUAAUUGAUGAGGGAUGUUUCUCGCAAAGAGUGAUUGGGAUCAUCCAGGACUAUGAAAGAGAAUUCUGAGGCAAGGACUUAAAAUCGGGAUGGACACAGAGGCUUAUCUGCUUUUUGCUCCCGCUGACGCAAUUUCAUCAAUGGAAAGAAAAGGGGCAGAGGUGUGCUACCCUACGCUUCUGACAAAUUGAGGGGAAUACCAAAGGGUCGUGUGGAACUUUUGGUGUCAUCUAUGCUCCUAGGUCUCCAAGAGAGCUCGUUGGCAAGAGAACUCGGAAUACAGACAAAUCAAUAGCACAGAAACCUGUUGGCAAUAGUACCAUCACGUCCCGUUCGCAGCCCUCCGCAUCCUCACCAUAAUCCCACUCGGAAACACAAAAAACAGCU